AUGCAGAAUGUAUGCAAUGUAUGCUCUAAAUGGUAUGAAUGUAUACAAUGGAAGUACUCCGAGUCAAUUAACGUAGGUCACGCCGACCACCGUGGUGCCGAGUGGUGGCCGGAGCUUUCCACCGUUGAUGACCUUGUAUCUAUCUUAACCACCAUCGUCUGGCUCGCCUCCGCACAACACGCCGCCCUAAAUUUCGGACAGUAUCCUUACGGUGGCUACGUUCCAAACCGGCUGCCGUUGAUGCGAGGGUUGAUUCCCGACGAGUCAGAUCCCGAGUUCGCGAGUUUCCUCGAAGAUCCGCAAAAGUAUUUCUUCUCGUUGAUGCCGAUUUUGUUGCAGACGACGAAGUUUAUGGCGGUUGUUGACACAUUGUCAACGCAUUCGCCGGACGAGGAGUAUAUUGGGGAGAGACAACAGCCAUCGAUAUGGACAGGAGAUGUUGACAUCGUCGAUGUGUUUUAUGGAUUCUUCACGGAGAUCAGACAGAUAGAAAAAUAG